AUGACAGACACCUCUUACCCUGUCAAGGCUAUCAACGGUCCGCACUUCGCCCACAAUGCUCUUGCGUCUGCGUAUCAUCCGCUCCACCACCAGCAGCACUACCAUGCUCCCACAGAGUCCAGCGUGCCCGAGGACGACGGCCAGAUCAGCUGCAUUUGCGGCUACGCCGACGACGAUGGCUGGACAGUCGCAUGCGACCGAUGCGACCGAUGGCAGCAUCAAUCAUGCUACUACCCUCAAUACGACGAGUCUAGAUUACCCGACGACCUGGAGCACGUUUGCGUCGACUGCAAUCCGGACAUCGAGGUGGACCAUCUCCGGGCGCGCCAAAGACAGCGCCAAAAGAGAGAGCACGUCGAACCUGCGACUAACGGUAUAAAGCGCGCUCCAUCGAAGAGCCAUAAAAAGAAGGUGAAAGAGCCAGGCACCGCACAAACCAAUGGCUGGCCGGUCGACAAGCUGCGACACGAUCGAAACAGCGCCAGUCCUCGAGACGCUGCACCACCACCCGCAAAGCGUCCAAAGACAAGCCAUCGGACAUCAGACUCUACCACUACAACCACGACCAAUGCCACCACUGCUGUCAAAGGCCACUCGCGGAAGCGCAAUGUGUCCAGCGUCAACCAGCGUCGAAGCGUGUCACGCUCGCCAGAAUCACCCGUCGACCUCUACUCGGAAGAGUUUCUGCAGCGUUACCGUGAAGACGAGUGGGCCGUCACCGAAGCCAACCUGUACAACAGCAUUGCCGUCACCAACAGCCUGUCCGACUGGGUCAAUUGCUCGGAAGAAGACUUUCGUGCUGAACAUCACCAAUCCAAGGGAGAAGUACUCAUGCGAUGGGACGGUGUACUGGAUGACAUUCCUGGCAAAGCACAAAUUGACAUUAUGGAUGUCCGCGACAACUCUGUCCGCUACGACGGCGACUUUCCAGUGUGGAAAGCAGUCACUGUGGUCGAGCCUGUCGCGCCAGGAGCAUACAUUGGCGAGUUGAAAGGACAUGUCGGAUUCAAGACGGACUACCAGCAAGACGAUGCCAACCGGUGGACACAAUUACGCCAUCCAGAGCCAUUCGUCUUCUUCCACCAACAGCUGCCCAUCUUUGUCGAUGCACGGAACGAAGGCACCGAACUUCGAUAUGUGCGUCGCAGCUGUAACCCAAAUGCACGCUUGCAGAUCCUGGUCACGGAGCAAGUGAACUAUCACUUCUGCUUCAUGGCGACGCAACAGAUCGACCCCGGCGUUGAAGUGGCAGUCAGCUGGGACACGCAUGAUGGACUUCCCGAGUUGGCGGCAAGGAACAACCUUACACAGCAACAAUUGGAGGUCUUCUCGGGGUGGGUCUCCACAGCGCUUGCCAAUUGCGGUCCGUGUGCAUGCGGCUCCUCUGAGUGCUCCAUGUCUCGCUUCGAUCGUCGAGGCAGGCUCCAACAAGAUGCUCAGCAGAAGCCACUCAAGGGAAAGAAGCGCAAGAAUGGGCAGCACACCGCACCUCUAGAUACCCACACUGUCAACAGCCGUUCCGGUAGUGAAGCACGUAAGGUCGACUUUGACGAUGAUGGAACCGACUCGAGAUCGACGUCGGACUCUGUUGGCCGAGGUUCAGCCAGUCGAGACAUCACGCCCAACACGCACUACUCCACCAAUGGUCAGUCCUCCGGCAUUGCCGAACUGUCUGAGAGGGAACGGAAGAAGCUGGCAAAGGAAGAGGAGAUCUUCCGAAAGCAAGAGGAAGAACGUGCUGGGAAACAAGCGAAGAAGAAGCGCAAUAGCAAUGGCUCAAACCUCAACACCCCGAGUGCAAGCUCUUCGAAGCAGUUUGGCUUCCCAAAUAACAAUUCCAAGUACCCAGAACUUAGCAGUACGAGGCCAGCUGCAGGACCGUCCGCCAGAGCACCGCUCGGCAGGAAGCCAAAGUCAUCAAGAGGUCCUGGUAGGCCGCCAAACAAGGUCAUCAAGCGCACGAAGCCCGUUUAUGUCGACUCGGCUACACAGUGCGACCUUGAUUCUCCAGCACCACCACCUCGGACACCCAAGCCACGAACGCCAUUCGUCUCCAACCGACAAAGGUUGCUGCAGAUGUGCGCACGGAACAAUCGUGCCAUUGCCGCCAGCCAGUGUGCACGCCUCCAAGCAGCUUCGCCGGCCGUUACUGCAGAUAAGAUGGAGCUCGACUCGCCUCGCGCCGAGAGCGUGGGCCCACCGUCAUCACCAAUACCUGUGCGCAGUAGUGAGCUAUCCGCUUCUACACGACAACCCGAGCCUGCAGUGCGACAGGACGUUGAAAUGGAAGAUGUCUCGCCCACGGUCGAAGACGUGGCAGAAUCUCCUCACGCAGAACACGGCGUUCCACUUCCUGACGCUGACAAAGACGAUCUCAAGCAGUCGCCGCCCAUUGAACCUCCAGCACCCCCUUGGCCAGGCAAAGCACCUUCGGUAGAGUCAGAGGUGUCGCAAGGGAGCAACAAACCUGCGAACAUGCACAUCGAUAUGCCUCCACCUACACAUCCAUUUUCUGCUGCUGGUAUGUUCGCCACAAAUGGCACGCCCGGAUCGAACGCAAACUCGGUCGUACAGUCUCCAGCUUCUCUUGCUGGCAGUUCGGCGUUCUCCCCUUCAGUGCAGGCCGCUGUUGCCACGACGCCUGCCAAGAAGAAGCUGAGCUUGAGUGAUUAUACCAGACGGAAAGCUGCUCUUCAACCAUCAUCGUCAUCCGAAGCCAGAGCGGCAGAGGGCGGCUCGGCCAUUGAUGAGGAUGUCAAGAUGGAGGAAGCCGCAGAGGUUGCGGCUGCCAUAUGA